AUGGAUCGCGGUGAUAUUUCAGACGCUGAAGAAAUUGUUCAUAUUUACUCGUAUGACGGACCACAGCCGUACAAUUAUGAGCCUGCUAUGCUGCCAAGAGAUCAGGAACAGGCCAGGAUUAAUGUUAGACAGAACGGUCAGAGGAGACAAAUUGAGUUGUGGUGUGAGGAGAACCGGUGGAGAACAGGACAGGUGUCUUGGUGCUUGUGUGGGAAAUGCGAGGCAAUGUUCUCAGCUGAGGAAAGUCAGUGCUGCAGGGAGGUGGAUGCAUACUGGGCUUUAGUGGAAAAUGUCACCCCCAGACUUGAUGUGCAGUGCCUGACUCUGCACCCAGGCUUUGAGGCUUGCUGUUUGAACCCAUAUGUGCUACAGAUAGCCUAUAUGCACUUCAGACAGGACCAUGGACCUCUCCAGGCCAGCAGACAUGAGCAAUACCGCUACACUGCAUACAGGCUGGUUGUCCGCUGGGCCUAUGGGAUUCUGGGCAGGCACAUCAGGAAGCCCUUACCUGCAUGUGUUGUGUCAGCCAUUAGAGGGCAGUUUCCAGAGGAAGGAGGACUUUAUAAAGGUUUUGAAUGGCCCAAUUUUGUUGACAAUCAAUAG